GCGGUUUGACUGUUGAUCCGGAAACUCACAGAGGAACAUAAUCUUACACUCCGAGAUGUGUUCUCGUAAAUAGAUUAUCUUGAGUUACUAUUAACGAUAAUAUUAUUGUUAAUAUAGUAACUUGUUUUUCUGUCAAUGGUUAAACAUAUUAGACACACUAAUGAUAGCUCGUUAGUGUGUCAAGGUGUUGGGGGAGUGGAAGUGAUUGUUAUUUGCAGUAUCUGCAGCCCAACUUGAACUGUGAUUGAAGUAGCCUACGUCCAUGCAGGGUUUAGGUCUACCAGGCUACUCCGGACAGUCGCCCUGUGAACAAUUGAGGGGAAAUUACAGAAAAGGUUGCAGGGAUGAAGCAGGAAAAGACUCGAUUGAAGGAUUUCCUAGAGAAUAUCAGUGUCCUGCAAUGGAUACUGACCUUCCUCUUAUUAGGUCUGGCUUGUAUUGGGUUGAUGGUGUACCUUAUGUUUACCUCUCUGUGGCCACUGCCUGCUCUCUACUUCAUAUGGCAGUUGAAGGACUGGCACACACCUGAAAGAGGGGGCAGGAGAAUUGCAUUUGUGAGAAACUGGAAAAUGUGGAAGCACGUUAGGGAUUACUUCCCAAUGAAGUUGGUGAAGACAGCGGAGUUGAACCCAAACAAGAACUACAUCUUAGGGUGUCAUCCUCAUGGGGUCAUGAGUAUGGGAGCCUUUACCUCUUUCAGCACUGAGGCCUGUGGCUUUAUGGACCUCUUCCCUGGGGUGCGCUCCUGUCUGUGCAUACUAGGUGGCAUCUUCAAGGUCCCCCUCUACAGGGAAUAUGCCAUGGCCAUAGGUUGUUAUCCAGUCAGCAAGCCCAGUCUAGAGCACCUUCUGUCUAAAAGUGGGAAAGGUAAUGCGGUAGUGAUUGUGAUAGGGGGCGCUGCUGAGUCUCUGCUGAGUCUGCCUGGGGUCAAUACUGUGUUUAUGAAGCAGAGGAAAGGCUUCGUCCGGGUGGCCCUGGAGUUUGGGGCUGACCUGGUGCCCGUCUACUCGUAUGGGGAGAACAAUAUCUUCCGCCAGGUGAUCUUCUCACAGGACAGUGUGGGCUGGAGGUUGCAGCAACUCUUUAAGAAGCUCAUGGGCUUUGCCCCCUGUCUGUUCGUGGGUGAAUGCUGGUUCUGGAUGCCUUACCACUGCCCUGUCACCAUUGUCGUGGGUAGUCCUAUCCCAGUGCCAAAGCGGCCAUCCCCCACUCAGGAGGAAGUGGAUCACUACCAUGGCCUCUACAUGGAGGCCCUGGCCAAGCUCUUCCAUGGACACAAGGCCAGCUGUGGACUCUCAGACAGCCACGAGCUGCGGAUCAUAUAGGCCAGUCAUUUAGACUGCUCCCACAAGGACUAUGUGAAUGACGUGAUUUGUCAUGGUGUCCUUCUUUGCCUAUCAGUCAGAUACUGUAGCCAACCAAUCUCCACAGUGAGACUACUUGAAUGAACGUAUUCCAACUCAGGAUCCAGCGAUGUCCCAAUCAUUGAUCACUGGAUCCACCAAGUUGCCUGGCUAAUAUAAGGGAACAGUGCAUGUGCUUUAAUGUAGCAAUAAUUUAACCAUGAAUCUGAGCACCUCUAAAGGCGCCCGCAUGCUUCCCAGCCGAAACAGUUUGGAAGAGUUUGUGCAUAUAUUAAGAUGACAUUUUGAUGUUUUGUUCAUUUUGGACUUCGGUAAGUUUUUUUCCCGGUUUUUCGGGUACACAAAACAUUUUCUGGAGGCAAGCCGAAGUCGGUAGCCAAAGUCUACGCCCCUUCGUCGGUGAUUAGUCAACA